GUGGCUUUCUAAACCCUAGCUUUCUUCUUCUCCCUCCCUCUUCCCCUCUCCCGACCUCUCUUCUCCGCAGCUCCUCUCCCUUCCUGCUGCUGCUGCUCGCGAGCUCCAUCGUGAGCCCCAUAACUCCUCCGCCUCCUGCCUCUUGAGUUAUUGCCGGAAAAAGGCGACUGUCGGUCUGAAGGAUUUGGCACAAUGCUCGUGUUGUUCGAGACUCCAGCAGGGUUUGCCCUGUUUAAAGUUUUGGAUGAAGGGAAGCUCUCCAAAGUCGAGGACCUGUCGAAGGAGUUCUCCUCAGCAGAGUCUGCUAGACAGGUGGUGAAGCUAAAAGAUUUCAAGAAGUUUGAGAAUACAUCGGAAGCCCUGUCGGCCGCAACAUGUUUGAUUGAAAGCAAACCUUACAAAGGUCUGCGCAAGUUCUUACGUGAUCACUGUGAUGGAGAGACAUUGGGUGUGGCCGAUUCAAAGCUUGGAAAUGCAAUUAAAGAGAAACUGCAAAUCGAAUGUGUCCACAACAAUGCUGUUAUGGAGUUGAUGCGUGGUCUGCGAAGUCAGUUGACUGAGCUCAUUACAGGUCUUGCUGUCCAGGACUUGGCUCCCAUGAGCCUUGGUUUAUCUCAUAGCCUUUCUAGAUACAAGUUGAAGUUCAGUGCUGAUAAGGUGGAUACAAUGAUCAUCCAAGCCAUAGGUUUGCUUGAUGAUCUUGAUAAAGAGCUUAAUACAUAUGCCAUGAGGGUCCGGGAAUGGUAUGGGUGGCAUUUCCCAGAGCUUGCCAAGAUUGUGCAGGAUAACAUUCUUUAUGCCAAGACAGUCAAGUUGAUGGGUGAUCGUGCUAAUGCUGCAAAGCUCGACCUCUCUGAGAUACUACCAGAAGAGGUUGAGGCUGAGUUGAAGGAGGCAGCUAUGAUCUCCAUGGGAACUGAAGUUAAUGAGCUUGACUUAAUGAACAUCAGGGAGCUGUGUGACCAGGUCCUGUCUCUUGCCGAGUACAGAGCCCAACUCUAUGAUUACCUGAAGAGCAGAAUGAACGCCAUUGCACCUAACUUGACUGCCCUAGUUGGAGAGCUUGUGGGUGCCCGCCUCAUUGCUCAUGGUGGCAGCUUGUUGAAUCUUGCAAAGCAGCCUGGAAGCACCAUUCAGAUCCUCGGAGCAGAAAAGGCCCUUUUCAGAGCUUUGAAGACAAAGCAUGCUACCCCUAAAUAUGGGCUUAUUUACCAUGCAUCUUUGAUUGGGCAGGCGGCCCCAAAAAUGAAGGGGAAGAUCUCUCGAUCACUUGCUGCUAAAACUGCUCUGGCAAUCAGAUGCGAUGCUCUUGGAGACAACCAAGACAAUUCAAUGGGUCUCGAAAAUCGGGCCAAGCUUGAAGCAAGAUUAAGAAACCUUGAGGGCAGGGAACUGGGUCGCUCUGCUGGUUCUGCAAAGGGGAAACCGAAGAUAGAAGUCUAUGACAAGGACAGAAAGAGGGGAGCUGGGGCACUAGUAACUCCUGCAAAGACAUACAACCCGGCAGCGGACUCGACUCUUGGGCAAGCUUUAAGUGAUACUGCUAAAGAGGAAGAAACUGUCACCAAGAAGAGUUCUGAAGCAGCAGAGAAAGAGAAGAAGGAGAAAAAGAAGGAUAAGAAGAAGAAGUCUGAGGAAGCUAGUGAUAUGGCUGUUGAUGGGAAUGGCUCUGCAGAACCUGAAGGUGAAGAGUCGGGCAAGAAAGAAAAGAAAAAGAAGAAGAAGAAAGAGGAGAAUGGGUUAGAGGAUGGCAAGAAAGCUGAAGCAGGGGAGGAAAAGAAGAAGAAGAAGAAGAAGAAGAGAAAGCAUGUGGAGGAAGAUGAAGAAGAAAGCGAGCAACCCAGCAAGAAGAAAGAAAAGAAGAAAAAGAAGAAGAAUGAGGACUGAGAACUUCUUCCAACCUGGCACCUAACAAAAUUUUGUUCCCAUCGAAUCUUAAGGCUCGACUUUGGGCAAUUCACUGUAAGAUCUCAUCCCGUUUGGUUCGCUUUGAGGAUCUUAUCCUGGGUUCUUAUUUGCAGCGAUUUUCUUUCCCUUUUAGAUUUUGUAUUUCUGAUGAAAAUGGUUGCAAAUCCUUUGAAGAGGACAAUAUUAGGGAUUAUAUAAUGGAAGCUUCUCUAAAUUGUAUUUGCUUGGUUUAUUCUAUUCCUGUUCCUUUUGUGAAUGCUGCUUUCCGGUCUUUUUAUUUGUGACCUUCGAAGGGAUGAACAUGUCAUGCAGUUAAUCGGCUCGUUUGAAAUCUGA